UCCCAACAAACGCAAGAGCAACGGACAGGACAGCAGCACCCACACCAACAAGGACGCCCCACCGCAGAGAGGUUAGGACUGGUGCGGGUGCAAGUGAUAGUGAUUGGCCUAGAGACCUUAGGAACCAUAGUACCGAACUUUGGAGUAGAAAAUAAUGUCACGUGA